UUAAAAGUUAUUGAUUCCGCGAUCUUAUCCACCUUCUAUCUUCUUCUCUUCUCUUCUCUUUUUCCCCCCUAAACCCUUCAAAACCCAUGGCCAUGACUCCCACUACCUCCACCUUCUUCUUCCUCUCAUCGCCACCACUCUCUCCCAAUCCCUCCUUCCUCCCUUUCAGACUCAAACCACUCUCUAAACCCUCUCUUCUCCUCCUCCGACCCCCCUCAAGGUCUCGCCACAACCCUUUCUUAACCCGCGCCGACGAUGACGACGCCGACGCCGCCGGCCCCGACCACUACGAGAUGGACGAGGACGAAAUGGAGGACCUCGACAACAAGAAGGACUUCGACAUCGAGUACGACCCCCUCGUCGCCGCCGCCGCCGCCGACCACGACAUCGCCGUCGUCGAGAGCGACACCUUCGUCUCAACGCAGGGCUGGGACUCCGACACCGUCGUCGACUACAAAAUCAACGAGGACGAGUUCCACAAGAUCACAUUGCUCGAUUGCGACUUCUUCAUCCGCAAGCCCCCCGACCCCGACAACGACGUCUACGAUUUCAGAGAGAUGUAUGUUACUCCUCCGGAUACAGAUGUUUAUUCAAUCCCCAAGGUUCUCGCUCCAAUGCCGCAGAAGUACAUUAGAUGCGCGCAGAGUGAUUAUGGAAGCUACAACGUGACGGAGCCACCUAUUGAUGCGCCUCGAGAUCCUCUAUAUAAAACUGAGAGGGAGAUUCUAAAGGUGUACCUGACAAAACACUACAAAAAUCGGAGGAUGGGUGAUCCUGAGUUUGUGCUAGACUUUGAAGAGAUUUAUAUUAUUGAUUCCAAAACCAAGUCAAUUACCAGAGCCAAAGUUUUGGUAACAGCUCCUGGAGGGAGAACUAGAGAUAGAAAGAGCGACUUGCUUGUUAUAUCUGAUCGUGGGAGCUCCUUCAAAAUAAUACAUGCGAGUGAAAAAGAGGAUCCAACGACUGUGAUAGAAAAGCAAGAGUGGGAGAACAGCAGACAAGAAAUGGAGAGACAUCUUAGAAAGCUUAGAGACUUCAGCAUCUCAAAUUGGUUUUGAGUGAUUAAAAGAUAUUGAGAUUGCCUCACGGACAUACACAGCAUGUUAGGGAGAUCGAACUUGGGCACAUGCAUACGGGCAAUUAGACUUAACCUUACAUUUUUUUUCCUAAUUGUGCGCAAGUUUAUUAUUGAUCAUAUGUAUAUUUUGUUGUAACUUGUUAAAGAUGCGGCUAUUGGAAUUCAAUGAUCUACGAGAGUGAUAUGCUGUUAUGGCCUAAAGUUCAACGUUUUCUGUUUGGAUA